CAGUGAAGUUUUGGCGCAGCUCGCGCUUUCGCGGGGUUCGUAUAUAUACCGGCGAGCUCGAGACGAGCAGAAGGAGAAAGAUGAGCUGUGAAGAGCUAUGCGGGAAAUAACGAGUAUCUAUCCGGUAGUUUGCUCGUUUGCUCGUUUUGGUUUUCCUUAGUUGUCUUUUGUUGAUUUCAACUAGUUUCAGCUCAGUGUUAGGACGCUGUUUGGCCCCAGUCUGAGUCGGAAGAGUUCGGCAGGAACUUUGCUAGCUACCUUCCCACCUAACUCUGGUCAGCGCUCACGCGCGCGGCUUGUUCCGGUCUAACCAUGCCGCCGGUAGAGAAUGACAACGCUCAGAUUAAAGCUCGACUACAGGAGUUCAUCGACAGCAAUCUUGUUGUGAUUUUCAGCAAAUCCUACUGUCCCUACUGUAAAAAGGUGAAGGAGCUCUUUAAAGAGUUGAAUGUGGCAUGUGAAGCUAUGGAACUGGAUCUGAUUGAGAAUGGUUCCAGCUACCAGGAUGUGCUGAUGGAGAUGACUGGGCAGAAAACUGUCCCCAAUGUCUUUGUCAACAAGACACAUGUCGGAGGCUGUGACAAGACCAUACAGGCACAUAAAGAUGGCUACCUACAGCAGCUGCUGGGAGCGGAGAGCACAGCGUACGACUAUGACCUCAUUGUGAUAGGAGGUGGCUCUGGAGGCCUGGCCUGCUCAAAGGAAGCAGCUGCCUUGGGGAAGAAGGUCAUGGUUCUGGAUUAUGUUGUCCCCACACCUUUGGGCACAUCUUGGGGUCUGGGUGGCACGUGUGUGAACGUGGGCUGUAUUCCCAAGAAGUUGAUGCAUCAGACCGCGAUGCUGCACACUGCUCUGGAGGAUGCCCGCAAAUUUGGUUGGGAGUUCAGUGAAGCAGUAAAUCAUAACUGGGAAACGAUGAAGAGUGCCGUGAAUAACUACAUCGGCUCUUUGAAUUGGGGCUACAGAGUCGCCUUACGUGACAAAAAUGUCACCUAUAUGAAUUCUUAUGCAGAGUUUGUGGAGCCGCACAAAAUCAAGGCCACCACCAAGCGAGGCAAAGAGAUGUUCCACACUGCAGCCAAGUUUGUGCUGGCAACAGGAGAGCGGCCUCGCUACCUGGGCAUCCCUGGAGACAAAGAAUACUGCAUCACCAGUGAUGAUCUCUUCUACCUGUCCUACUGUCCUGGUAAGACGCUAGUGAUCGGAGCGUCGUAUGUGGCUCUGGAGUGCGGAGGAUUCCUGGCCGGACUGGGGCUUGAUGUCACCAUAAUGGUACGCUCCAUUCUGCUGAGAGGCUUUGACCAGGACAUGGCCAACCGUGCAGGGGACCACAUGGAGACAUAUGGGAUCAAAUUCAUCCGGAAGUUUGUUCCUAUUAAGAUAGAGCAACUUGAGGCUGGCACUCCAGGCAGAUUGAAAGUGACUGCCAAGUCUACAGAGACUGAUGAGAUCAUUGAAGGAGAGUACAACACUGUGCUGAUAGCUGUGGGUCGUGAUGCUUGUACAGGAAAUAUAGGUCUAGACAAAGCUGGAGUGUUUGUCAACCCAAAGAAUGGGAAGAUCCCAGUAAAUGAUGAAGAGCAGACCAACAUUCCACACAUCUACGCAAUUGGGGAUAUCCUGGAAGGCAAGUGGGAGCUGACUCCUGUGGCUAUUCAGGCUGGGAGACUGUUGGCGCGAAGGCUGUUUGCAGGUUCCUCUGAGAAGUGUGACUAUGUGAAUGUUCCUACCACUGUGUUCACCCCUCUGGAGUAUGGCAGUUGUGGUCUUUCUGAGGAAAAGGCCAUAGAGCUUUACGGAGAGGAAAACCUGGAGAUUUUCCACAGUCUGUUUUGGCCUCUGGAGUACACCAUACCAAACAGGGACAACAACAGAUGCUAUGCCAAGAUCAUUUGCAACAAGUUGGACAAUGAACGUGUGAUUGGUUUUCACUACCUGGGCCCUAACGCUGGAGAGGUGACUCAAGGCUUUGGUGUUGCCAUGAAGUGUGGAGCUACUAAGCAGCAGUUAGACAGCACCAUUGGGAUACAUCCUACCUGUGCUGAGAUCUUCACCACAAUGGAAGUGACUAAGAGGUCAGGUGGUGACAUCAAACAAACUGGUUGCUGAGGUUAAACCCUGCUCGUUUAAUAGGCUGUCCUAAAAGCAUAUGAACUGGUUCACACUAGUUUAUACUGGCCUCAUCCAUCCUUUAAAAAGUUUCUCAGCUUUUUUCCUUCUGCAUUCAGAAUAACUUUUCCACUAGAUUCCUAGCUUUUGAGCUUUUAAGAUUUACUCAAGGUUAAACUAAGUCUCCAUAGACGGUCAUCCACAGAGCAAUAAAAGAAGGAAUUGGAUAAAAGCGCAAGCUAGCUUAGAGAGCACUUAAGAGUUUAAAUGUAGUAAAGAAACAUAGGUUAGCUGUGUGUGUGUGGGAUGGGGUUUAUGGGGGGUCUCGGUUUGUAGACAUUCUUUAAAUUCAGCUGCUGGAUGCUACUCAGAGCUUUUAGGGGUUCUCCUUAGGAGUGAGUGUCUUUAGUAGUUGCAUUUAAGGAAAUCCUCAGACCAUGGUCCUUCAGGACUGAACUUAACCUGCUGCAGAGGAAAGAAGCUGAAGAAAUUAAAUUCCUGUAGGACAGCCUGUUAAACAGCGGGGUUACUCUGCUGCUCCAAAUCCUCCAAGACUAAGUCAGAGAUGCACUGGAGGAAGAUGCGUGCUAUUGCGCUCACACUCCUAAGUGCUGUGUGACGUUUUGGCCCUUAACCUGAAUUCUGAGGUGGGCUAAGACUGAUAAUGAUCUGUGCUUAGACCUAAGAGGUAAACACACUUUCUUGUACAAACACUCUAGUCAACCUCAGCUCCAGGCUUAUAAGUAGGACCUGGGGCUAUCGAUUUCUGAAAUACUGCAGUGCUGCACAAUCAUGACUGUUAGAACUGGGUCUCUGGAAAGGUGGCUAAUACAUGUAAAAGCCACCUAAAAUUACUCUUAAUGAUUUCAUCCACCAUCCCCUAGGACGUUACCAAACAUAUUUAGGAUUAAUGGAUAUUAAACAUUACAACAUUUUUUGGGGAACUCAGGCCAGAUUAUUUUGUUUACCUUAAAGUUAGUGGUGUUUGGUCUAUAUUUUGUUUGCCUUCUAUUGUUUUGUCAUUUAUUCUUGUUUCCUUACCAACAUUCCGUCCAUCGAUUUAAAAAAAAAAAAUCAUUUGUUUGUUGGUUCUUUUUCCUUUUGGCAGUCAAAUGUCUAUUUGUAAGCUUUUUACUAAACCGCCAUUUGAGAAACUAAAUUGUGCUCUUAGUAAAUAUAAAAAAAACCCUAUAAUAUAAUUUGGCAAAAUAUCUAUAUGUCCAUUAAACAUAAUUAAAUAUAAAUAUCUGUGUACAUUAAAUAGUCAUCACUGGUUUUGAUUUAAAUGCAUGCAAAUUUCAGAACUAUUUAAAAGUUGUUCAUAUCCUAAACAAAUGCCUUGCUUUUCUUUUUUUUUUUUUCCAGUUUGGUUUCACUGUUUUUUGAAAUAUAUCGACCCCCUGGUUGUGUGGACUUUAUUAUAUGUAAAGCCCUGCUGAUGUGUUACUUAGCAACAAUGCUUGCUAAAUGUACAAAGCAGUGUUUCCAUGGUAUCAUUGUUUUCUGAGUAAUUGAAAGAACUUUUAAUAAAGCUAUGUACACUGAACCUUA